UUCCGAGCAGUUGAAGGGGAAGGUUACGCGCCGCUCCGCUCUCUCGUGUCCCAUUGUGGUGGUGUUGUGUUAGUGGUGAUGUGGUGAUGAUUGUAGGACCGUGUCAUCACCAGAGGCUCAACACCAUGAAGAGUUUGGUGGUGUUGGUGAUGUCCCUGCAUUGUGUGGCGGGCGUGUGUUACUUCCCGGUGGAGUACCAAGGGAUCUUCGCCACCCAGUCCAGCGUCUCCAGUCUAUCCCAGGGCACCAUGCACCAGUACUCGCAGGUGACCAUCCUGCCCGACGCUAUCCCCGUGUGGGGCGUGUGUCACACCAAGUUUGGGCACAACGUCAUUCUGCGGGACUCCACCGGCGGCGAGGAGUGCUUCAGGUGCUUCCACGUCUCCCUGCACUCCAGCAACGUGAUCCAGAUCUUCACGGAGGGGCUCAACAGGUGUUACUCUACGGAGGCUGCAGCGCGACUCACCUGCCCGACAGCUCACGUGAUUAAGUCGAGAAGAGUCAGCGAGAUCAUGCUAUACAAGUCCCGCAGCUUCACCCAGGACGGGCUGAUCGAUCGAGUCUUCUGCCCCAUCAACGGACGCUAUCGCUUUACCUACGACGUGAACGACGGGACGGAGAACGCGGAGGAGUGCCCGGAACCAUCGUCAGAGCUGUCCAACUGUCCUCGAGGCUCGGAACUGCAGCUGAGGUUCCGCCGGUGUUCCUUCGGCGAGCUCAGCAUGGGCCUGCGCUGCCUCGGUGACUGGGUAGGCCACGACGGGCAGCAGUACCUCGCCUUGUGGGACCCCGCCGUCACCACACACAACCAGCCGCGGUACAGAUGCGCGAUGUAUAGUCAAGACGAGGCCACAGGGAAGGUCUUUCUAAGCUUCAGUAUCGACGCGACGUGUACCAACCACCUGCACAGCCCCUGGGACGGUUACGAGACCAUGGUCCUCCACCCCGUGCCCGACCCCGCGCCCCCGGCCCUCACGCACACCACCACCUGCGUCUUCCCCGGCUGGACGCAAGGCUCGUGGCAGCAUCUACAGAUCACCGCCAACGAGCUCUGGGUACAGGACGAUAAGGCCGACAAGAAGUACAAGACGCUCUGCCUCUCUCAGCACGCGCCACACGGGGAGCGAUUCGCCCUACACUCGACCAACCAGUGCGGCGAGAGCGAGUUCACCUGCGUCUGGAUCAAGAAGCGGGCCGUCAACGUCAUCGAGUACCAGAUGGGCGUUCUUCCCAGCGAUGUCUACAACGCUACAAGAGUCUGCUCCGACGAUGUGUUCCGUGGGCAGAGAUGGACCACGCAAGGCCGACUAGCGCCGGAGAACCUGUCUGGCUGUCCCAUCACGGGCGAGUACACAGGCGUGAUUCCCGACGCUCCAGAGCUCUGCGCGAAGCUCUCCUCAGACUGCAAGGACCCCCAGCACAUGUACUACACCGUCCACGUCUGUGCUAACGACUCCGAGGUGCUGGAAGGUACAGAAAAAGAGGAAGAGGAAGAGGAGGAGGAGGAGGACACAGAGGGAAACAGAACUAGAACCAUCAACAGAGGCCUCGACAACCUUCCCUCUGCCUCUCCGUCCCUUCAUCGACCUCAACGCUACGCCACACCACCCAAGCCCAAACAGAGGUGGCAUAAGGGGCAUAGAGGGGUCCGCCAUGCCCUACGCCACUCCCCACGCCAGCUAUCAUGGGCUAGGACACGCGCCAUAGCCUUGGGAUGGUCACCUGAGGAGCAGUUCACGACCAUAGGAGCCAAGUCUAGGAGAAGAGAACGCACGCAGAAGCAAGUGUAUGUGUUUCCCGACCCUCCUCAAGUACAGAACAGCCCCCAGACAGCCCCGUUCAGCUCCGAUAUGGUGCCUGACAGCCCUCACUCAGCCCCAGACAGCCCGGACUCAGCGUCUUUUAGCUCCGAUACAGAGAAUGAUGGAGUGAAUGAAGACUCGUACAGAUCUGACGCCACGAAUUCCAGGACUGACUAUAUACAUUCCCGAACCGAUCCCAUCCAUUCCCGGCCAGACUCCACCCAUUCCCGGCCAGAUUCCACCCAUUCCAGACCAGAUUCCACACAUUACAGACCAGAUUCCACCCAUUCCGACCCCGACACCCUCCCACACCACCACCCACACCCACACCACUCCACGGCCCUUGCUCAGACGCACACCCAGAACAGGACACUCCCCCCUCACCCUCCCCUCGCCCCCCUCUCCCCCCAGUCCCCCCACCCCUCCCCCGCCCCCACCACCCGCCGCCCUUACCCACACGAAGGGCCUUUCUACGUCCGCGUGGGGCCCUCGCAGCCCACCUGGGACCAUAUGGAGGAGCCGGUGUUCAGCGGCGUUGUGGAAGAGCGUGACUACCGGUGCCUGGGCCAGUGGAGUGAGGGCGGGGUCAUGUACACCUUCACGCACCGCCGCGACGUGAACACCUACGAGUGCUUUGCCGGCGUGGUGGUGAGCCCGAGGGAGAUCUUCAUUAUAGAGGCCGGGACGAGCUGCCAGAGAGGCCUGCAACCCCUGGCGCACGGCAUGAAGCUCGUCAGGCAAGCCACGUGCAGCGAAAUCGAGGCGAGGGCGUCUUCAACCACUCCGCCCCCUUUGGACCCCUCCUCGCGCCCCCCAUGGUGGCCCCCCACGACCCGGAACCCCUGGGUGAAGAAGACCAAGCCAGCGACCGUCCCGGAGUGGAACAAUGAGAUCCCCGCAGCCCACUCCAGCAGCGCUGACGCCCCCCAGCCUGGUCACGUCGCUCCUCGCGCCGCUCCUCAUCCUGCUGCUGGCCGCCGCGUGAUGACCCCCUGA